CCUCCCUCCCCCGAGCAUGUCAGGCUCCUCUCCUUCGAACUCAAGGUUGUCUACCGCAGUUGUUGCCCUAACAUGGCUCCAUCUAUCGCGUGCGCUCCCCCAAUCUCGUUUCUGCACCGCGCCUCCAGCCUUUCUAUGCGUCAUCCCUUCUAGAAUGGGAGAAUAACCUUAAUCUUGACCCUCGUCCAAUGAGCGCUCCCAGGCGCGGUUCAACGUUGAAGAUCCAGCAGGUAGCGAUCUGUAGCCGCAGCCUCCCCCUCCCCUCCCCAGCCCGGAACCCUCCAGACACAGACAGCACCUCCGAAAUGCCUGGGAGAUUGGUCUGCUCGCUAGCCCGGGUCUGUGGACGAUUCUGCGUUCGUUCCUUUUGCUGGACGAGCUGGGAGCGUUGCAUCGAGGUCGUCUGAUUGGCAUGUCGACAGGGGGGAUAUUGCGUUCCUGCAGAUUGGGUAUCUGAUGACCGCACACUUGUAGAAACAGGACUCGUGAGCCGUACAGGCGUAGCAAAGAUGAUCUCGCUAGUUCGCCCGCGAGCUGCCAUGGCUACAUCUACUUAUCUUUGACCCGAUUCCCCAUCUCUCGACGUUGUCUUUCCUUUGCUUCUCUACCAUCCUGUACCGCUGUGAAGGCUGCCCGUUGAGCAAUGCAAGCGUAGCUUCGCGCCGCGCUUUCACACAACAUGGACGCCAAACUUCGCCCAUCGAGCCAGAUCGGCAUCCUUUCCUUUUUGCUGUGCGCAGCUGCUUUGCUUUCGUAUCUUACCCUCAGUCAAUCGUUCUUCUAUUCGUUCCACGUGCCAAGGCAGUCAUGGUGGGCACACUCGACAUACAACAAGAGAGCAGGCAAGGGCGAUCUCUACCUCCUUGGGGUUGGAAAGGCAGACAUCACAGGGCCGGUAGUCGAGAUUAACUUCAUGGGAUACGCCAAUCUUGCGCAAGUCGGCACUGGACUUCGCCAGCGUAUCUACGCCCGCGCGUUUAUCAUUGGGAGCAACACGAAUCCUGCAGAUCGCUUUGUGUACCUGAACAUCGACACUGCAUGUGGUGACACUGCUAUCCGAGACGGCAUAUUAGAGGGCGUCGCUGCCCUAGGGUCCGACUAUGCUGUCUACGGGCAGCAAAACAUCGCUGUCGUCGGCACCCAUCAGCAUUCGGGACCCGGAGCGUUUCUGAACUACCUGCUUCCGCAGGUCACAUCUCUCGGCUUUAGCCAGCAAAGCUACCAGGCUAUCGUCGACGGCUCUGUACUAGCGAUCAAGCGAGCUCACGAAUCCUUGACGCCCGGCUAUCUCGACGUUGCCAACACGACGGUGUCCGAUGCCAACAUCAAUCGAAGCCCAUAUGCGUAUCUGGCCAACCCCGCAGCGGAAAGGGCGCAGUACACAGAUGAUGUCGAGAAGACGCUCACGCUAUUACGAUUCCAGCGCGAAUCUGACGGUAAGAAUAUGGGGAUUCUCACGUGGUUCUCCGUCCACGGCACAUCGGCGCUGGAGAACAAUACCCACGUAACCGGCGACAACAAAGGCGUUGCCGAGUAUUUAUUCGAGCAAUCUAUGAUUGGAGACGACUCAGCAGCCGAUGGCUUUGUCGCAGGAUUCUCACAGGCAUCCGUGGGAGACACUUCUCCAAAUGUCCUCGGAGCGUGGUGUGAUGAUGGAUCCGGUGAGCAGUGCUCAUUUGAGAACAGCACGUGUGGAGGCAAAUCAGAGCCCUGCCACGGUCGCGGUCCUGAGUUUCAGAAGCUAGACUUGGGCAUUAGCAGCUGUUAUGAAAUUGGUAGAAGGCAGUUUCAGCCCGCUCUUGAUCUAUAUAAAGAUUUCGAUUCUGUGGCCACGCCGAUCAAAGAUCCUACUGUCAAAGCCUUCCACUUUUUCCAGGACAUGCGCUAUUACCAGUUUGAAUAUAACGGUAAAACGGUUCAAACCUGCCCUGCAGCACUCGGCUACUCGUUCGCUGCGGGAACCACAGAUGGCCCAGGAGUGUUUGACUUCACUCAGAAUGAUUCCGGGGCACCAGACGCCAAUCCUCUUUGGCAAGUGGUCAGCGGGGCGCUACGGACGCCGACUGCCCAACAGAAGGCUUGCCAGGAGCCCAAGCCGAUUUUGCUCGAUGUUGGCGAAAUGGAUUUCCCCUAUGCCUGGACGCCGAACAUUGUCGAUGUUCAGAUGCUCCGCGUAGGACAAAUGUUCAUGAUCAUCUCGCCGAGUGAGGUCACCACAAUGUCUGGAAGAAGGUGGAAAAGUGCUGUAUCUGCCGCUGCAACCGCGCAGGGGCUCACUUCAGCCGAACCGGUCGUGGUUGUGGGCUCGCCCGCCAACACAUAUGCACACUAUGUCACCACGCCAGAAGAGUAUCAGAUUCAGCGCUAUGAGGGCGCAUCCACACUGUACGGCCAGUAUGAGCUUCCUGCGUACAUGAAUCUCUCAAUCAGCAAUAUGCACUACUUAUCUGCGGAUGCUACGACCGGGCCGUCGCAAGGGACGCUACCCCCAGAUAACCGAGGCAACAGCUUGAGCUUUAUCAGCCCCGUGAUCCAGGACAACCCUCCGCUAGGCAAGAACUUCGGCGACGUGCUCAAGCAGCCUAAUGCCACCUACGCACGCGGAGCAGUCAUCAACGCAACCUUCGUCGGCGCCAACCCGCGCAAUAAUUUGCGCCAAGAGCAGACCUUCACAGCUGUCGAACAGCAGAACGGCAGCAGUUGGACUGUGAUACGCAACGACUUUGACUGGUACCUGAGCCUAACAUGGUACCGAGACGACACGCUGACGGGCACGAGCCACGUCGACGUGAGCUGGGAGACUGAAGGUGAGGGCGACAGCAUCCAGCCUGGCACGUACAGAUUGCAUUACUGGGGGGAUGCAAAGAACAUAUUUGGGCAGAUUACGGCGUUUGAGGGCAUAAGCAACUCGUUCACGUUAACAUAGUAAUCAUUAAUGUGUCAGACAUAUCGUUAAUAUCUUCACGAAAUUUAAAGGUCAUCGUAACGCACAAUCAUC